UUGAGCUAGUCCAAGUUUAAAGAGUUCGCCUGGGGAUUCCUUCACAGUCCUCAGUGGAACCAGUCAAAAGAGCGUCAUGCCUCCCGUGUCCCCUGACCCUCCAUUCAAUCAAAAGCAACAGGCCUGAACAAUCACGGAACAAAAACCUCAUUGCCCAGCGUAACCUUCCAACCCCGGAGCUGUAUGGGCCGCUAAUCCGCUGCACAAAGCGGGCCUCUGCUCUUUUCUUCUCCCGCGCCCGGGCCCAGCGUGGCGCCCAACUGCUGAUCGGCUCUGGAACGUCCCAGCAGCGCGCCGGGGGCCUCCGGUGUUUAUUUAGCUGGCUGCGGGCUGCGCCGGGGGCCUCCUGGAAAGCCGGCUGGGCGCCGCCCGCGCGCCCGCGCCAGAGCAGCCAUGUACCGGCGCAGCUACGUCUUCCAGACCCGCAAGGAGCAGUACGAGCACGCCGACGAGGCUUCGCGCGCCGCCGAGCCCGAGCGCCCGGCCGACGAGGGCUGGGCUGGGGCCACGAGCCUGGCGGCGCUGCAGGGGCUCGGCGAGCGCGUGGCCGCCCACGUCCAGCGGGCCCGCGCGCUCGAGCAGCGCCACGCCGGGCUCCGGAGGCAGCUGGAGGCCUUCCAGCGCCUGGGCGAGCUGGCCGGGCCCGAGGACGCCCUCGCCCGCCAAGUCGAGAGCAACCGCCAGCGCGUCCGGGACCUGGCGGCCGAGCGCGCCCGGCUGGAGCGCCAGGGCACCGAGGCGCAGCGCGCGCUCGACGAGUUCCGGAGCAAGUAUGAAAAUGAGUGUGAAUGUCAACUCCUGCUAAAAGAAAUGCUUGAACGGCUUAACAAGGAAGCUGAUGAAGCCUUGCUGCAUAACCUGCGCCUUCAGCUGGAAGCCCAAUUUCUGCAAGAUGAUAUCAGUGCGGCAAAGGACAGGCACAAGAAGAAUCUUCUGGAAGUUCAGACCUAUAUCAGCAUCCUGCAGCAGAUCAUCCACACCACUCCUCCAGCAUCCAUUGUGACGAGUGGGAUGAGGGAGAAUUAUGAGCUGUUCUUCCUUGCAUACUUUAUAAGAAAUGACCAAGCUGCUUUCCAAAGCGAUGUGCCAUUGUUGCAUCUCCACCCACAAUGCAUGAAGGUUUCUGUGGCUCCCUGUCCUUGCCAGCACUUGGAGAAGCUCCUGACGGAGCGGGAGGUGGCCGCCCUGCGGAGUCAGCUGGAGGAGGGCCGGGAGGUGCUCUCCCACCUGCAGGCGCAGAGAGUGGAGCUGCAGGCCCAGACAACAACUCUGGAACAAGCUAUUAAAAGUGCCCAUGAGUGUUAUGACGAUGAGAUUCAGCUUUAUAAUGAGCAGAUUGAGACACUGCGCAAGGAGAUUGAGGAGACAGAGCGGAUCCUGGAGAAGUCUUCUUACGACUGCCGGCAGCUGGCGGUCGCCCAGCAAACCCUGAAGAAUGAGCUGGACCGGUAUCAUCGUAUCAUCGAGAUUGAAGGCAACAGGCUGAGCUCUGCCUUCAUUGAAACUCCCAUUCCCCUGUUCACCCAGAGCCAUGGAGUCUCUCUCAGCACUGGAUCCAGUGGGAAAGAUCUUACCAGGGCUCUGCAGGAUAUAACAGCAGCAAAACCAAGACAAAAAGGCCUCCCCAAGAAUGUUCCAAGGAGAAAAGAGAUUAUAGCAAAAGACAAAACCAGCGGAGCUCUGGAAGAUGCACCAUUAAAAGGUUUGGAAGACACAAAGCUGGUACAGGUGGUACUUAAAGAGGAAAGCGAAUCUAAGUUUGAAUCAGAAAGUAAAGAAGUCAGUCCCCUGACACAAGAAGGGGCUCCAGAGGAUGUGCCAGAUGGAGGGCAGAUAAGCAAAGGCUUUGGGAAACUAUACAGGAAGGUCAAGGAGAAAGUGAGAAGCCCCAAAGAGCCUGAGACCCCGACUGAGCUCUACACCAAAGAGCGGCACGUGCUGGUCACAGGGGAUGCCAGUUAUGUGGACCCUAGGUUCUAUGUCUCCUCCAUCACAGCCAAAGGUGGGGUGGCUGUUUCUGUUGCGGAAGACUCUGUGCUUUAUGACGGCCAGGUGGAGCCUUCUCCUGAGUCACCCAAGCCCCCUUUAGAGAAUGGGCAGGUGGGUCUGCAGGAGAAAGAAGAUGGACAACCAAUUGACCAGCAGCUUAUAGACAAGGAGAUUGAGCCAGAUGGCGCAGAGCUGGAAGGUCCUGAGGAGAAACGUGAGGGUGAGGAGCAGGACGAGGGGUCCGGGAGACCCUGUCCCGUGGUCACACCUGGUGCAGAGGAACCGUCUAUACCCGAGCCUCCGAAGCCUGUGGCUGGUCAGGAUGGAGCUGAGGUGCUUGGGACUAGGGGCAGAAGCCUGCCAGAAAAAGGCCCUCCCAAGGCUUUGGCCUAUAAGACAGUGGAAGUUGUGGAAUCUAUCGAGAAGAUUUCCACGGAGAGCAUUCAGACAUAUGAAGAAACUGCUGUGAUCGUGGAGACCAUGAUUGGAAAGACAAAGUCAGACAAGAAGAAAUCAGGAGAGAAGAGCUCUUAAAAUGCCCAGCCUUAAUGGGGUAAAAUGUCUUUGGGGCCACUGUAGGGGUAAUGCUUUGAUAUUUUAGAGCAAAUGAUAAAAGGGUGAGGGUUCCUGUUUGGAUUAGACCAUAGUUGACCCAUCUGGCAUUGCCAACGAAGCCUUCAUUAAAAUGUUUUCUUUGCUUGCACAUCCUUUGUCUAAUU